UUCAGAUGUAAGAAUGGUUUACUAGGGAUCCGGGGGUACGGUAUGACCUCGAAGGUUCGGUAUUCAUCGAUACCUAGAGAUCAUGAUCGAAACUUCUUUUCACGAUUAGAACCCGCGACCAGCAGUCUCCGAUCUCAGUCGACAAAUUAUAAGGAGAACUGUCGAACUCUGCCGUCCCGAGGACAUCAGCAGGAUCAAGAGAAAGGGAACGGGAGGGUAGGCAGGAGUACUGUGGUACGAAGACCGUCAAUGAGUACAAAACCCGGAUUCCAGCAGUACUCCGGAACCAUGUCCGGAGGAGGGUGUAAGAGCUCCAGUCUCCCGGUUCAUUGCGUGGACGGGUCUCCGCUCAUCUCAACAGAUGUAUCUGCUGAGGAUCUGGCUAGCCAGCUGACCCUCCUGGAUCUGCCCGUCUUUAAGUCCAUCACCUCCGAAGAGUUACUCUCCUGCUCCUGGAAUAAGAAGAAUAAGAUGGAUAUUGCUCCGAAUAUUGUUGCUUUCACUCGAAGGUUUAAUCAUGUUUCCUUCUGGGUUGUUGAGGAGAUCUUGAAGCACGAGGAUCCCCGGUCUCGGGCCGACACCAUGACCCACUUUGUCAAGGUCGGGAAGCGUCUGCACGAGCUCAACAACCUCCACAGUCAGUUCGCGGUUCUUAGUGCGCUCCAGUGCGCUUCAAUUUAUAGGCUGAGUAAAACCUGGAGCCUGCUCAGCCGCAGCACAAAACAAACCUUUGAGAAACUGACUGAUUUGUUCAGUGAUCGGGACAAUUGGUGUCGGCUCCGGGAUCAUAUGAAUAAUACGGCUCUGAAACAUAAUCCUUGUAUACCAUACCUAGGACUGUAUCUGACUGAUUUAAUGAUGGUUGACAUAGCCCAUCCUUCCACUGGAGGUUUAGAACCUCACCAAAGACAAUUAAAGAUGAACAAUAUUCUUAGAAUAGUUUCAGAGUUACAACAGUCCAGCUACUCCAACCUUCCCAUACUCCCUGUAGUCCAACAUUUUCUCUCCUCAGUCCGUUAUAUUGACGAAUUACAAAAAUUUAUUGAAGACGAUCAGUUUAAGUUGUCUCUUAGACUCGAACCCAACACUGUGAGUCCUCCUGUAUCCUCCUGCAGUAGUAAGGAGUCGGUUCGACACCCGGCUCCACUCGAGAAGGAUCUUCACGUAGAACUAAGUCCUAUUUGUCUAUCUCCGUCCCGUCGGAGCGGAUGCAUCCCAAGAUCUGGGAAAAGUUUUGUUCCCGGACACCGGAAGUCCCGGAGUGAGGGAGGAAACAUCCUGUUUGGAUGUGGAGGGGGAGGGCUGGCCAGCCCGGAGCUUCCCCUCGCGGCCUCCAUGGGUCGGCGAGGAAUGAAAGUGAGUAGUAUGGACAGCUUGGACAACGAGAAAACUCGAUCAUUGUUGGAUGGAAGUUUUUUAGAGGAACCAACUCCAGGAAUAUGCCCGCAAUCCCCACUCUACUCUCCGGACUGUGAGCGGGACGCAUUGACUCCGGAUCCUCUUUCUCUUUCUAUAGUCCAACCUGGAUCCAUGCGAACCUUUCAGGGAUACAUCCAGAGAAAAACUCUAAUCAAGGACGGACGACGACCUCUUGUCUCCUCCUGGCAGAGGUAUUGGGUGGAACUCUGGGAUACCUCACUAGUUUACUAUCUUCCCAAAACUCUCAGUAAAUGUCGAGAGAGACGAGACUACCGAUCCGAGCCGUGUAAACUUCGAACUGUUGUUGGAUGGAUUGUGAUGGUUCCUCAGCAGACACAUCAGCUCCAGCAUGUAGAUCAGGAAUCCUUCCAACUUGCUGACCCUGUCAUGAGAAAUGUUUACAGAUUUCGAGGAGAAGAGAAGGAUCGAAAUCUCUGGGUGUAUCAUCUAACCAGGGCUAGUAAAGGAAUCAGUGCCCAGUGCCUACCAACCAAUCUAAUAUCCUUCGAAUAGAUUUAAAUAUAUGAAAAUCAGUACAUAGUACAUGUUAAAUGUAUGUAAACUGUAAUAGUUCAACAUUCAUGUGGUCGUUAACGUAUUUUUAAGUAUCCUGUUAUUUUAAAAAUCAUCUUCUGGAUUUCUACAGAAGAGAUGGGGGAGGUGAAUGGCCGCAAUUUCUACCAUUUUAGAUAGAAAAUAUUUUCUCUAAUAACGUUACCAUUGUCAAUU